AUGGCGGCGUCCGCAGCGAGGGCUGCCCUGGCUCUGCGGGCCCAUACCGGCCGGCCCGUUGCGUUUAUCAGGAAAAUCCCCUGGACCGCCUCUUCGAGUGAGCUGAGAGAACAUUUUGCACAAUUUGGCCAUAUAAGAAAGUGCAUUCUACCUUUUGACAGAGAGACUGGCUUUCACAAAGGUAUGGGUUGGAUUUACUUUUCUUCAGAAGAAGAACUUCAGACUGCACUACAACGUGACAGUCAUGUUAUUGAUGGAGUAAAACUCCAUGUUCAAGCUCAGAGACCAAAAGUUUUACAAGAUCAAACAUCUGAUGAAGAGUAA